GCUACAAUUUACUCCGACUCAGCGUGUCUUUUGCUGGUUCUCUUUUCCCAAUGCUGCAAUGAAAUAAAUCUCUAUAUCUUCAUUUUUUCCUUCAAACCCCUUCACAUUCCACUACGCUCUCAGUUUGUGUGGUUUUCAUCUUCUUGCUCCAGUAAAAAAUGGGUCGAAAACCAGGAUCUUCGAAGAACAACAGCGACAAGACCACCAUGGACAAAGUGGAAGAUCAGUCUAUCUAUGGUAAAGUGAAAUCACCAAGGGCAUCUGAGGUUGAAAAUCUCAAGGCUAGAUGUGCCCCACUGAAGAUUCUGAAUCAGUCGGCGAAUGGAGUGGAGGCUCCGCCUGUAAAAAAUUCGGCGAGUGGAGUGGAGGCUCAUCCUGCAAAAAUUUCACCACAAGAGCAAGUGAACCGGGCAGAUGAGGGUCAAAAGAAGUCUGCUAAGAAGUCCAAAACCAGUGGUGUGUCUGUGAGGCGAUCAGAACGAAUUAAAAGCACCGUUGGUCCAAGUCCUGCCUCAAGUCGUGCCCCUGAAUACAUUGAGGAUUUAACUGCUAGUGAAAGUGAGAAUGAUGAACAAGAUCAUCAACUGGAGAAAGAAUUGGCAGAGGUGGAGCCUGAGCCAGAACCGGAGCCUGCUGAAAAUAUGAGUGAAAAGAACUUGAAUGAAAAAGUUGACCAUACCUUACAAAAAUUAGAUGCUCUUGACAAGAAAAUUGACUUGUUGAUAUCCAAGGUAGAUGGACCUUCUACCUUGUCUGAAACUCCAUCAAAGGCUAUAAAUUUCCGGGACUUGUACAUCUCCUCACAGAAGCAGCUUGAAGCUUUAGCAGAAGAAAAUCGACUACUAACUGGAAAACUGGAAAAUGCUCUUGGUAAACUUGAAGUGUAUGAGAAAGAUAUUCGGGUUCCACUUGGAGUACUUGAUAAAGUGAAGGAUAUUUUUGAUGCUGUUGCGGUUCCAAAGCGAGCAAAAACUACUGAAGCUGCGGUUAAAAAUUCUACUCCAAGAACCCACAAUGCAUGUUCAGCUUCUGCACCCAAAAGAAAGAGAAAUGAAAGCAAUGCUACAUAGCUUUUUCUUGCACUACCUUAAACUUGACACUUAAUGUGCUUGACCUUGAACUUGUGCUUAAAAUUUUGAACCUGGUUGCAUAGACUUGUAUUGCCUUAACAACAUCCUUAGAAGUUGUUUGCCCUUAUCAUAUUUCUCAUGUUCUAGCUUGUUCAUGCCCUGUUCUAGAACAAUCAAACUUCUGCAUGUUUUGAUGUUUGGCAUAUACAUAUUUUAGGCUGAAAUAUAUUUUUAAUUUUCUAAA